GCUUGGCUUCCAGAUAUUGACAGGAUGGAAGGUCAUUCUUUGUUCUCAAGGGAAAUGUUCCCUUUCUCAGCAGAGUUCGCUUCUAAACGGUCUUUCCUUUUUUGAGCAAUCCUUGCCUUUGGAGUCAACUUCUAAAAAGAGGAGAAAAUCAAUAUUGAGUCCACCCUCUACUGACACUGCCAUGGAUCACCAUAAGACCAUCACCUCUCCGCUUGCCACUGGCUCCAAGUCCUCUAAAAGGCCAUCAGAGAAAUCUCAUUCUUCAUUUAGUACUUCUGGCCAUUCAGAGAGCAAGAAGGAGCACCAUAAGAAGAAGCUGAGUGGGAGCAGCAGUGACCUGUCUUUGGAUGAUAGCACUUCUCACAAGUCCAAGAAAAUGAAGCCCCCCUUUGUGAAUACUGAAAUGUUGACCUUGCGUGAGCCUGAUGGCUUAAAGAUGAAGCUUAUUCUUUCACCUAAAGAAAAGGGAGGAGGCAUGAUAGAGGAGUCCUUUCCGCAUACUCCAACAAUAAAAAAAUCAUCUAAAAAAUCUAGUCGGGAUGAACACAGUUCACUUCACUCAAGUCAUGACUCUCAUGGCUUCCUGAAAUCAUCUCGAAAGAAGCACAAGUCAUCAUCAGAAGCACAUCUACCUCCAGCUCCUGAGAGCUUUAGCCCAGACACGUCCCUUUUCUCAGAAGGACAAAGCACUGAGUUUGAGCUGUCAGGCCUGGAGCCACAAUUGGAAUCAGGUUCAUCUUCUGGAGGAGAGCUGGAAGCUGGAGAGCUCAUAAUUGAUGAUUCAUAUCGGGAGAUAAAGAAGAAAAAGAAAUCCAAGAAGAGUAAAAAGAAAAAAGACAAGGAGAAGCACAAAGAUAGGAAACAUUCCAAAUCUAAAAGGAGUUCAGGACUUUCAUCUUCAUUGGUGGUAGCAGAAGUCAUGGCCCCAUUGCCAGUCUCACCAACAACCACACCAUUUGCCAUUCCUGCUCUUCCUUCUCCUCCCCCACCACCGCCGCCGCCGCCGCCACCACCACCACCUGUUUUCCAUACAGAUGGUCAGAGUGAGAAGAAGAAGAGGAAGGAAGAAAAAGAGAGGGCUGAAAAACUGGAAAAAGAAAAGCCAAAGAAGAAAAACAUGUCUGCCUACCAAGUGUUCUGUAAGGAAUAUCGUGUGAACAUUGUGGCUGAGCAUCCAGGAAUAGAUUUUGGUGAUCUGAGCAAAAAGUUGGCAGAAGUUUGGAAACAGCUUCCAGAGAAAGAUAAGCUGGUUUGGAAACAGAAAGCCCAGUAUUUGCAACAUAAGCAGAAUAAAGCAGAGGCUACAACAGUGAAGAGGAAAGCAACCUCAUCUGAGGGUGCCCCCAAACCGAAAGCUUCUCUUACAGGUGGACUCUCACCUCAUAAGAAGUCUCCAUCUAGUACCCUAAUGUUGUCUUCCUCACCAGUUAAAGUUCCUGAUAUUGAACCCAUUGAUGUAGCUGCGCAUCUGCAAUUACUAGGAGAAUCCCUGAGUCUUAUUGGACACCGAUUACAGGAGACUGAGGGGAUGGUGGCUGUUUCAGGCAGCUUAUCUGUGCUCCUGGAUUCAAUUCUCUGUGCUCUAGGCCCUCUAGCUUGCCUAACAGCACAGCUACCAGAACUUAAUGGUUGCCCCAAACAUGUUUUGUCAAGUACUUUGGAUAAUAUUGCCUACAUAAUGCCUGGACUCUGACAGGCAAAAGACCAUGGGAGUUGACCAGAUACCAUGUGACUGCUAUGCUUAAAACUCAUAUUCUUCAAGGAGUCAACAUGAAAGGUUUUAAGAAACAGAAAACUUGGACCAUAAAAUUGAACUGGAACUUGAUUUUGUGAAAUAUUUUUGAACUUAAUUUCUGAGAAAUAGAGUUGGGAAGAAGUUUGAUGCAUCAUCCUUAAUGUGGAAGAAAAAUAAAACAGUGGAAUUGGUAUUACCUGAAAAAAUCAAGACUAGGGAAGAGCAAAUGUCAUAGACACGGCACCAUUCAUUUUGUAAAAUAUAACUGAAGUAUUACUCCUCUGGGAGAAGUCAGUUAUUUGGGGAUUUAACAGUAAAAUUGCGUGUUGUUAAAAGUGAUGCUGGGAAAGGAUGCUGUUCAUUUUCCACUCCACUGUCAUGCCUGUGUUGACUUCAGGAAUCUUCUUUAUUAAAUCUCACAGUCAUAGGAUUAAAUCUCCCAUUCAUACACAGAGGCAGGUGUGAUUAAUGUUAAUAGAGAAACAGCUUUUCCAUAGACUGGUACUACUCUAUGGACUGUGAAAUUUGGAAUACAACCUGCUUUAAUGUCAUUAUAAGUUAACAAAUGAAAUUAAGGGAGAAAAGGAAGAGCACCCUUUUGAAAUUCACUAGUCCUGCUGCAUUUUUACCAAACCAGCUCCCCCACCCCCAUAGGCUAUUAAAGCCAUUACUUAAGACUGUCACUAUAAAAUUCAUAAUUACAGGCUACCCUGUAAUUGAAGCCCUGAUUUGAAAUGAAUGGAAAAUUUAUACUCUGUAUUACAUUUCCCCUUGCAUUUUAGAGGCCAGUGUGGCAGAAAGAGGGAUAAUUCUUGCUAAAUUUUAGGCAAUUUUUUUAAGAUACUUGAGAUUUUAUGUGUUUCUUACCUUCAAUAGUUUUAAAUCAAAUUGAGUCAAAGUAAGAUUUACGUAUAUAAAAGUUAUUUAUAUUGACUUCCCCUAGUUAUACUCAUGGAGAAUGGACUUGCUAUAAUAGGUGCCAUUCUGUAAAUGAAUCCAUGUAUGGGACCCUAAUACCUUGGCAUUUACAAAGGAAAUUAGAUAUUAUUUGUCAAAACAGGGUCUCAUGCAGUGUUUGAGAAGUCAAGAAAAAUGCGAGUGAUUUUUUUGAUCAGCACAAUUUUCUCAAAGUUUUUGUUGUAUCCAGCAGAGUCUGUCUGCUGUUGGAUGAAUACGGCCAAGGGCUUCCCAUACUUUGUUCUCCACAAUUUUUUCCAGAGGUCUGGAGACCCUUCAAAAUACAAUAGGAAGUGUACAAAUUGUAGGAGGGAGGUAUAAUGAGCAAAUGCUUCCCAUUCAUCUUUCUGCUAACAGAAGCUUCCAUUAUAGAACCUUCUGUCAGUUGGGGAAGAACCAUCACCAGAUGUAAUCGUUUAUUUCUUGAGGGGAUAUAAUGCAUAGGUUGAUGCAACAUGAAAAACCAGAGACCUAUGGAAACCCUGAUUUGUUGGACCUGAGCACUAAUCUGGUGCAUACUGUUCAAAUGCUCCUUCUUGCAGAAGGAACAGAUAAACAAACCACAUAGCUCCAUGUUCAGUUUUAGUGUGUCAUCCAAAUGCAGGUAUAUAGCUAGGGAUCUGGCUUCAUUCCUCCUUUCCCCAAACAUGCUAAAUAAAUAAGAACUCAGAGAGAGAGAGAUACCUCCUUCAGUCUUCAGUUUGCAUGGUGUGGCUUGAGCUGAUACUUGGCUUAGAUUCCAAGAUCUAUGUCUGAUUAAAUGAUAAUAGGAGUUCUACUUCAGUUUUGUCAUCUGUAUCAUGGCAGACUUGAAGGGUUUUUUAAAGACAAAGAAAUGUAUUCAUGUACUUUUAUUUAAAAUGUGUAUACAUUUAUAUAAUCUGUCAUCUGUUACCAGAAAGCUUUGAACUGUUUUUU